AUGGGGAAGGAGAAGCCGGCGAAGACCCUGCAGCAAAGGCCACAGCAGAUGCAAUCUCAGAAGACGCCGCAGCCACCGCAGAUCCUACAGCCAAAGACACGGCAGAUCCCACGGCGGUUUCCGCAGCAGCCACAGCCUAUGCCCGUGCUUCCGUCUUAUCUUUCGACCAGUGGUCCCGUCGAUGAUGAGGACGACUUCCUGGCCGUUGACUCGGAGUCUGAGGUUGACCUGGAGUCUGAGCCAGCUCUAUGCAAAGAGCAGCAGGACCUUCUCGAUCUCAUCAUACCAGAAGGAAUGUCUUCUUUACUGGCUCAGCAGGAUGCGGCAAGUUGGAUCACUGACGCUAUGAAGCUCCCCGUGAGUAAGCUCAAAAGUGAUGCAAAGUUUCGGCCAAUUAUCAAGAAGGGCCUCGAGGAGACGGGUGUUCUUAUCAUCGAUGAGAUCGGUAUGGUUGAAAACCAUCAUUUCCAGCCCAUGAACGAAUGCCUCAAGAGUGCUCGAUGCUGGUCAUUCCAGCACAACGACUACAACCCCAACGCUCUAGCAUUCGGCGGCAUCCAACUUCUUGUCAUUGGCGAUUUCUGUCAGUUACCUCCAGUCAAGCCUUUUGAAAAUUGCAUGUAUUGCGACUCACGUACAAUUGCAAAUGCUAAACGGAACCCGACUGAGUGGAACUGUGACUCGCAUAGACCCUGUGGUCCAUUCUAUGUCGAGGAUCAGUGGGCAUUCAAGAACGAUGCCUGGGAAGAAGCUAACUUCACUCAAGUUCAUUUGAAAGAGAUUCAUCGUCAGUCCGAUCAGUCUUUUGUGAAAAUGCUUCAGAAGUGUCGACUUGGCUUACCAUUUUCUAAAGCAGAAGAGAAGAUGCUGCUCAGGCAAAAUCCCGACGAUCCGAAGUUUCAAAACGUGACCAAGCUUUUUUGCCUCCAAGAAAUCCGUACAGCAAGAGAAUAG